UGUCGGGAUCCAUCGACCCGGAAGAGACGCGCACAAAAUUGCUGUGUUAGAAAAGACGAGCAACGGAGUAGCAAAGCAAACGCAGUCGUUACUCCGCUUCCCCCUCUCUCUCUCACUCACUCACUCACAAAUCAUGCUCGUUUUUCCUCUAAAUUUUGGCUUCAUGAAUUGAUUGUCGCGCCGCAAUGCUUGAUCUACUGUUCCGAUUUGGUGCCGCGUCCUGAUUCGAGCGAUUUGUCGGAGUGCUUUUGGGUGGAGAAUUAGGUCGGAGGGAAGGGGCGGGGGGAUGCCGGGAAUGAGCGGCGGAUGCCAGCAGAGCUUCGGGGAGAACAGUGAAGAGGACCUUGCGCUGCUGCCGAGGCACACCAAGGUGGUGGUGACCGGAAACAACCGCACCAAGUCGGUGCUUGUCGGCCUCCAUGGCGUCGUGAAGAAGGCUGUCGGCCUCGGCGGAUGGCAUUGGCUGGUCCUUACUAAUGGCAUUGAAGUGAAACUGCAAAGAAAUGCCCUUAGCGUUGUUGAGGCUCCCACUGGACAUGAGGAAGAUGAUGAGACUGAAUGUGAAUGGAAUGGAUCAGAAAUGGCAUCAGGUGAUAUGAAAACAACAAAGCCACACAAGAUGAGGGCUAGACAUCACAAGGGAUCUUCUAACAAAUCUUUCAGUCGAUCUCAUUCUUGUGAUUCACACAAGGGAUCUGUUUCAUCUUCUAGGGGUACACUGACAGUUGACCUGAGCAAACUAGAGACAAGGGCAUUAUGGAGAUAUUGGCAUCAUUUUAAUCUUCAUCAGGUUGGUGCAUGUCGUAAACCCUCUAAAGAGCAGCUAGUUGAUAUCGUCCAGAGGCAUUUUAUGUCACAGCAAUUGGAUGAGUUGCAGGUUAUUAUCGGCUUUGUUCAUGCUGCAAAGAGAUUGAAGAUGCUCUAUUCUUGACCCAGAUAGACCGUGCACACUAACAAGUUGGCAUCAUCCUGUGUUGUUUGUAGCCAACAUUGUGUAACAUAUGUAACAUGAGUCUGAAAGUUGGAACUAAUUGGUUAUUAGUUGUGUUUCUAGAAAUGUACUUAAUGUGAGGAUUACAGUAUGGCCAUUUUGCUUCUGACAUUUACUGUGAUGCAAAGAAAUGGCAAGUUCUUCUAUGUAUCCCUUUAGAGGAGACUUCUCAAGUAAUGGUAAAUUAUGUUUCUAUAAUAAUAAGAACAGUGGAGUGUUAUAAAA